UACAACAGCCGAACGAAAUCUGCCCUCCCCAUCCCUAACUACAGGGAUACAGAGAGGGUGCAUCCAUAUCAUACAGAGGAAACAGACUAAUAACUGUAGAGUAGAAAAUGGGAAGUGUCAUACAGUUUUUCAUUCUAGAAGGCUAGAAUUCAUUCCGGAAGUAUAGGUCCUGCGUUGAUUCAUUAUCAAAGUCGACCAUUUCGAGGAGAAAUCAGGCAGCGAAAUCGAGCAGUAGGCUAUCAUCCUCAUCGUCACCAUCUGAGAGGCUAGCCUACCAUAUCAACGGCAUUACUGCUGUAAUUGCCCUCUCGGAUGUGUAGACAUCUCUAUCUAUGCGUCUGUAAUUAAAAGAUUGCAGCAACUGUUGUUUUGAAUUCUGGUCUGUUAUUCUGAAAUUUCGGUGCACCAUAUUUUCAACGCAAAGAUAAAAGACACAGAAGAGAAAUGCUGAUGGGUAUCGAAUGAAGAUGAGAUGUAUCGCUGUUUUGGGUGGCUGUAUUUACAGCUACUUAACAUGCAAAUGCACUGGAUUGUAAAUUGGAUCCACUCUGUGUGGACGUCGGGUGCAAUGGGGUGGAUCAUUCUUGAUGGCUCAAUCCGAAACAUUACCGAGGAAUAGAAUAUAAAAUAAUUAUCAUGAUCUGACCGCUGGGAUGCUACUUAAGAACAAUAAAAAGACGAUAUAAUCACACGCCUUCACCUAACUUCCAUUACAUCGUCUUUCGGCACCCUUUUGGAUUAUGAUUCUUGACAACAGUCUCAGAUAUGACUGUGUGACUGGUAAUGGAAUGUUUUUCACACCUCGCUCUACAUUCUAUUAUGGCUCUACGUCACCCCGUUCUACAUUUUAUUAUGGCUCUAUGUUGCUCUCUCUUCCGCUAGUCAUACUCUGUCUGUCUUCUGCUUUGGGUAGCAAAACAUGGAUUUUUGCUGCAAACCCCAAGUGCAAUGCAUUUGACGAUGUGUAGAAUUUAGAUCGAUAGUGCAAGCAAUGGACUCUGACAUUGUACGUUAUAGGCCUGUCACGCAAUUGUGGUGGUAGGGGUGGAGGAAACAUCUCACUAGACUGCAUUCGCAGAGUUGUUCGGUAAUGAAUAUUGAGAGUGUCUCGAGCUUCUCAAGAGAAAAAUCUCCCAUCCGCAUUGUUUUAGACACACAUGCCAUCAGAGACAACAACCAAGACGUGGUCAUUUAUGUCUUACCAUUUGACAGCACAUUUACAGUAGGGUAGGCCUAAUCUACAAGUUUGUUAAGCUCAUCGGCAAUGUUAUUCAGAAGAUGUAUUGGUGAAAAUUUGUCAAAGUUUAUGUAGUAAAAUAAUUGGCUAAAAAUAAUAAUACCAAAAUUAAUAAUACCAAUAACCACAAUAAUAUUAUUAUUAACAAUAAUAACAUUUUUAAAUCAACGGCAUAUUUUAUAUUUGAUUGAGACCACAUUAUUGUCAAAUAGGUUUCAUUCCCUUCCUAAGAAUUCAUGUAGCCAAAAAUGUUCAAAUAUCGGAUCCGAAUGUUUUUCAACGAACUGAAAGUGUUGGUUUUUAUGCGAGACGAUUCGAGACAGCCCGACAGAUCCGAAGCAGAUAGACCGUCCAGCAUGCGGGGUCUAGGGAUGGGCGGCUGCGGCUGGCCUCCCUUUGUGGACUGCUCUUCCCGGGAUGACGAGGAGGAGUAUUACGGGACGGAACCUCGACCUCGGAGCCUGGGCUUUGAGGAGAAGGACCCCAAACUGCAAGUGGGCAUGGACACCGUGUCGCUCACCAGCACCGCAAGCAGCCUGCGUUGUCGUAUCUGCUUCCAGGGCCCAGAACAGGGAGAGCUGCUGAGCCCGUGUCGCUGUAAGGGCUCUGUGCGCUGCACCCACCAGCCCUGCCUCAUCCGCUGGAUCAGCGAGAGAGGCUCCUGGAGCUGUGAGCUGUGCUACUUUAAGUACCAUGUUCUGGCCAUCAGCACCAAGAACCCACUGCAGUGGCAGGCCAUCUCCCUGACGGUGAUUGAGAAGGUCCAGAUUGCUGCCAUCAUCCUGGGCUCCCUGUUCCUCAUCGCCAGCAUCUCCUGGCUCAUCUGGUCGUCCCUCAGCCCCUCGGCCAAGUGGCAGCGUCAGGACCUGCUCUUCCAGAUCUGCUACGGCAUGUACGGCUUCAUGGACAUCGUGUGCAUCGGCCUUAUAAUCCACGAGGGCUCAUCAGUGUACCGAAUAUUUAAGCGAUGGCAGGCUGUCAAUCAGCAGUGGAAAGUAUUGAACUAUAUAAAAGCCAAUGACUUGGGGGACCCGCUGAGUAGCAGUAAGGGUGGGGGUCGGGGCUCACGAAGUAACUCCCAUGGCCUGGGUAGUGGCAGCAGUGGGAGACGGAACCGGAGGUUCAGGACUAUUCUGGACCACCACUGUGGCUACACCAUCCUGCACAUCCUCAGCCAGCUACGGCCCCACAACCCACGCUUUGGCUCCACGGCCAACCGGGAGGUGGUGAUGAGGGUGACAACGGUAUGAGACUGAACGUGGAAGGGCUGGAAGAAAAGACUAAAGCUGGGUAUCGUGUUUUCUUUUUUAAUCUGGCCAGUUCUUUCAAGUGAUUCUGUCAACACCAUUGAGGAACUGGAUUUCAAUACCCAGCCCAGGGAAGGACAUGUACAGACAAGACCAUGUCUCGCACUGCAGUCAAGCUACUGUUAUAUUGUAAUGACCAUUGCCAUGCUAGGCUCAUCAUGAUUCCUCCCAAGUGGAUUUAUCCUACUGGAGCAGUGGUUUGCCCUGAAACAACAACAGACAGAACAUGCUGAACUAUGAGGAUCUUUCCAGGAGUUUGUUUAGAGGUGCACAUUUGUAAUAAUUGAAGAACUGAUAUUAUGAGCUACGUUAAACAUGCAAGGCUUUAUAACAACGCAAUCCAAGGUGAGAACAGAGAACAGAUAUUUUUCGGGACAAUUUCAGGAUGCACAAAGAUUAUUUUAUCUUUAAUGUAUUUUCUCCUGCGUUUUUUGGUAUGAUUUCCAUUUUACUCAUUUCUAUUUUUUUUGUGGCAGUAUGAUUUAAAGAGAUACCUGAAACUCCUUAUGCCACGCCAAACAUUAACAAACUCUGAAUAAUAAUUAAUUUAGAAGUUUUGCAGUUCUGAAAUAUUGCUGUAGAUAAUGAUGAUUAGGCUACAGACCAGAGAACAACAAAUACAUCAUAUCGAAGACAUCAUAUGAAAACAGCAGUUAUUACUGCAAACAAUAAAUACAGGGAUCAAUGGAUAGACUACAAAAUGAAGAUUAUUUAUUUAUUAACAUUAAAAUUACUCCUAGUCCUAUUUUCUCUGCAAUAAGGAUAUCUGUACAUUUCACGGUGAAUUUUGCAUGGGUAUAUAAUUUUUUUAUGCAGCAUCAUCAUUACAUAACAUUUAAGCACUUCUUCAAAUUUGCUCAUUCAGAAUGGUGCUUUUCAGAAAAGCUUUUUAUUCAUCUGGUUUCAUUGCACCAAACUGUUUUUUGAAUCUGUCAAAUAGCAGUGUGUUAUUUCAGCUAAAACAAAGAUGACUGACUCGCUGCUGUGUGCUGAUGAUUCAGAUUUGGAUUAAAGAUGGAGAUCUAUGUAAUCUCUUGCUAUUCACUAUCUCA